UGCAGACGUCAUGCCUUUAUAGAAUAAUUAUUGGUGUCACUGUCAGAACCUACGGUUUGGGAUAUCCAUUUACACUGUAUGUUUCUCUCUUUGUCUGAUUAGGUUACACAACAUAAAUAAUUCACUUUGAACAAUAAUAAAGGCUUGUUUGUUCUUUGCAGGAUUAACAAACAGCAGAUUGUUCUGGUUUGUGUGCUGGUGGUACCACCAGCCAUACCAGACAUUCCAGCCACCUCCAUUGACAAAUCCUGCAUGGCUCAAUGUUUAAGCCCUUAGCAUACACACUUAGUCACUGCCAAGUCUGUUAUGUAAUUGAAGUCUGCUGUUCCUAAGACUUUCACAGUUGCAUGUCCCACUAAGCGGGAUGCAAUAUGAGGACAGCAGAUUCCAUAUAAGGCUACUGUGUCAUCGCAAAACUUCCCACAAUCUCCCAGGCAGGAAUGGCAUAAUGGACUCCAACAGUGAGGACGGAGACUAUCAAAAAAUCGAGCAUUCCUUUCAUCGUGAUACAGCCCAGUACAGAGUGACCUAUCCUCGUGGGAGAAACACAAAAGAGGUGGAUUAUGAUAAAAAUGAGGAGUUCAACAAAAAGAGGUAUCCAGUGAGUCGCUCUGGUAACAACCCCGGCAGAGUGAAACGGGUAGUGUCAUGCAAGAGGAAGACCCAUCAUCUGACAGUGGCUCGGAGGAAGCAGCUUGGGUCUGGGAGGACUUACGAUGCUGCUAACAAGGAGAAUGAGAUGAACUGCUUACAGGACAUGCAACAGGAGAUAUUUGACAUGGACCCUUGGGAGUUCCCUCUAAAUGUCAAUAACAACCACAAGGCUGGUAGAACUGGUUCUGAGCAAACUGACUACUCUACUCUCACCGAGCUCUCAAAGGAUCACGGCACAAUGACUGACGUGCUCUUUGGAAGAAACCUGAGGCUGAAAGUAGCUUUAACACUGUGGCAGAGAAAUAUUGGAGAGCUACUGACAUACUUCCUGAGAAUCCAAGACACCGGUGUGUUUGUUGAUUUUCUCCCCCUGAUAAGCAAAAGCAUUGAUGAGGACUCUCCAAAGAUCUCCAUUGGCUGUUGUGUUGACCUCUUUCCUUUAGUUAAGAAAGUCCUCACCAAUCCGUAUGAGGAGUAUCUUAUAGUUGGCUUAAGCUGGAUAAAUUCAGUUUUGAAAAACUGGUGGGAGGAACUAAGGGCAAGUGGCCACAGUGGAUCAUCUAAACCUCUGUUAGAUAUAAAUUUCCAAGUCUUUAAUCAACAGUUAUUGGACUUAUGGCAUCAGGAACCUGUAUUGAAAUCUGUUCCAGGAGCUGCAGGAGACUUGGCAAAGGCCAUUGAGUCUUUUCUGUCUCAACUUACCUGACAGCAAAGAGCCAUCCAGACAACAGAUCUUUCUCUGGUAACAGCAGCCUAAAAUAUUUUGAAAAAAUCCUUAGUGGGAAACCUUAGAUAACAGCGUCUGCUGUGCUUUUAGAUUGCACUGUACCCUUGUCUGUAGAGAUUAGUAUAUUUAUUGCCUAGCAGAGCAAGUAGAAGAGUUAAAAUACUUGAUGUGAGUUGUACUAUUAUCCAGUUAGGUCACAGAAAUGUGGAGGCUUUGAUGACUGUAGGAAUGAAUGCAAGAAUGUUGUUUCAUUGAUAUGUUGUUUGUGUGUGUCUCAUUUAC